GGAAAUAAAAAUUAUAAUAACAUCUCUACAUUACCGAGCUAUCUUACUGUUAGAGGAGCUCAAAUAACAGUGUUUCAGCCAGAAAAUUUUACUUGAGGGCCAAAGUGGCCCCUGAAGAUCUUUUUUAGGGGCCCAUUUUUAGAGAGAGUUUUUGUUCAUAAAGAAAUAAUGAGCACUAAUCAUUAGGUACAUUUUACCACUUUUGGUCACGUGCUAAGUAACGAGUUAAAUAAUAAACAACAGAGUCAGUGUUCUAGUGAUUUCAAUUAUUUGCAUAAGGAAACAAACGCAAGAAUAGAUCUUGGAUAGGCCAAAAGGAAAGUAUAAUCUAGUAGCAUGCUAAAGAUGAAUGGUCAGCAUGUUCUGUAUGAAUGUUCCAGGUAUUAUUUUAUGUAAACAAAGCCAUCUUUGAGUAGUCUGGGUGGUUAUUGUCAAUUUUUUUAAAUCGAUAACAAUCGAUAUUCCUGAAGACAGGAAUUAUUGAUCGCCAAUAUCAAUCAAUGGCAAUCAGCGAUUGACAUUGAUAUCGAUUGAAUUGAUUGAUUUCCGAUAUCGAUUUUUAUCGAUUGACUAUGCUUGGCGAUCUUGAAUGCAUGACAAACAGCAAGCGAACAAUUUUUAGCCUUUUGAACAGAUACCUAUUGGUUGGUGUACUUUUUCACGUGAAAGAUCAUAAUUGUAUUUUUACAAAGAGAUAAAAUUUAAGAUUUACAUUUGAGGAUUUGAUUGUUUAUUUAAGAAUGAAUAACAUGACCGCGUCAACAUGACGUGACUGGCCAACAUGACUGGCGAGUGAAGUUUUUGGCAGGUCAAGUCUGACACCAUUCUGGCCAGACAUUGUCCGUUGACCGGCCGUUAUUUUGAGCCCUGAAACUUCACCACAAAGUUACAUGUGCAAAACUCAAAUCAAAAUUCUUGCUUUUCCUGGGUUAGCUUAAUUGGGCUUUUAACAACCUGGUCCAGAGCUCCAAUUUUAGGCUUGGCAAAAUCUCUAUAUUACCAGAGAAGCAAAGCUUUGAGGGCAAAAUUAAUAUGCUAGUUUUGAGAACAUCAAACAUCCAAGGGGCAGCCAUCAGACCGAUAGUUCCAAGACAUCAGCACUCUAUUGUCUCUAUAAAUUUGAAGUAAAAUUGUAAAAACUAACUGUUACAGCUAUGUAUGAUCUAUUAAACUAAUAAAUAUAUGCAAAAUUGAGUCACUAACUUGUCAAUAAUGUUAUUUUAAAAAUUCUGUUAAUUUGCAUUUCAUGCAUCAUCGCAGUUUCAUAAUAUAUUUUGUAUUGCUUUUUGAGACUCUGGAAUUAUCCCCAACUAAUUGAAUAGUCUUUAAUUGUGUUUGUGUUGAUAACAUUGAAUACUUGAUUUGUUGCUGUCCCUAAUACAUGUAAAGUGUUUUCAAUCCUUCAGUGUUUUCUUCAUCAGUAGAAAGCUACCACUGAUGUCCAUACUUAUUAUAGCAGUCCUGAAAUGCACACUAUACUUUUCAUUAUCAGCAUUAAAAAACACAAUUUUGAAGUGCUUGUCUCUAUAAUAAUAUUACUCAGUACUCAGUUUUGAAGAGGUAACUUUUAAUGUCUAGUUUCAGAAAAUAUUUGGGUGUUCUCCAUCAUGCCAAAGAUUCUGGAAAUUUCGAUCGGCAUUCAAAUGGAAAGGUCCGUUUCGGUUUCUUCUGAUCAUAAUAUUCGGGAUCACCUCUAGAGGUGGUCCACUUCUUUCAGUCGGAAUAUUCCGACCAAAAUUCGCCGUUCCAUUUUUGACAAACCGGUUCUUUGCCCUAAUUAGGGAAUUCAAAAAGGAAUAAAAAAUGGCAAGAGCUAUUCCUAUUGGUUGGUCCAGUUUAAUUGGAAAAUGUCGUUCCAUUUUCCUCAAGUAUUCCCACUGAUCUCUGACCAGUCGGUUUGGCAUAAUGGAAAGCACCCAAUGUCUAUACUGUCCCAGCUCUCCCCUCCCUGGGAAUCACUGGAAAUUUUGGGGGAGAGGAGGUUCCAGAGUCACAAUUUCCAAAGGAGACAGGGUUUCAUGCAGAGCUUGGUUUCUGGAAAGUUUCCUUAGUUUUUAAACAAUUUUUGCAAGAUGUUCAUGCACUACAUUGUCAGAACACAUUUACAUGUGAAAUGUUACAGGCCCUCAUUAAACUGGUAAAGUCACCAGUUGUUUGUAACAAAUUUAUGUGACUGUAUUUAGCAAUGCUAUUUAUAAUAAGUACAUGUACAUGUAGUACUUCCUAUGCUUUUAUGAUAUGUGUAAAUCAUAGUUGUAACACAAGGUAUUCAAUGAUGAGUCUUGUUUAAUUGUUCUCCUCCUAUUGGUCUUCUGUUUUUUAAAGGUUCAGUCAGUGAGUCAGUUCAAGUAGUAAUGUCUGGUUUCAGUUUGUCAAAGCGUGUUUGUAGCAAGACUUGCAUCAAUUUUUAAAAUUAAAGGCAUCCUGUAAUGUCGAGGUUAUCAAAGGUGUCUGGCAGUGCAACCUUUGGCAGUGUAGCCUCUACAUCACAGGAAGGCCCAGAAGAAGAAGCUCCUGCUUCAGCCUCCAACAGAACCUUGAAUGUUACCAUGUUAAGUAGUGAAUGGAAGUCAACAAAAGGAGGCUUGUCAACUGUCAGCAGAGAACUUGCAAUACAGUGUGCUAAACACCCUAAUGUGGAAGUUAGUGUUUAUAUCCCAAAAUGUAGUGAAGAAGACAAAAAGAUUGCAGCUAGUCACAAUGUUCAGCUCAUGGAGGCACAGGAACUGCCAGGGUAUGAGGCAGUUGAUUGGUUGGCUUCUGUUCCAGAGAACCAUGCCAUGGACUGUAUUAUAGGACACGGGGUACCUCUUGGUCGACAAAUACCACUUAUAAAACGGCAUAAUCGUCAUUGUAAGUGGAUUCAGAUUGUCCACACUGCUCCUGAAGAACUUGGAAUGUACAAAACUUAUGCAGAUGCCAUUGCCAAAGGUGAGAAGAAGCAUCAAACAGAGGUAAGACUCUGUGAGAUGGCUGAUCAGGUUGUAGCAGUUGGACCCAAGCUGGCAGAUGCUUAUUCCCGGUCUCUUCGUCCUAGUCAAAAAGAUCAAAAAGUUCUCACUCUCACACCAGGAAUUUUCACUGAAUUUUCUGAAGUAAAGCAAACCACAGAAGAAGGAAACAAAUUUGUUGUGUUAGUGUUUGGGCGUGGCGAUAGUGAAGAUUUUGAGCUCAAGGGAUAUGACAUUGCUGCGAAUAUGCCAACUGAGAAUUAUAGAAGACUGCACGCCUCUCCCGGGCAACUUGUAAAUAUUCCAAACCAGUUCAAGAAAUACGUAAGAGGUCCGGGGGGAGACAAUCUUCGAAACGUGAGCACUCUAACUGGAGCAGAAGUGAGUCAACUGGAAAAUUAUGAGCUGUAUGUGACAGGAGAAAAGAAAAAAGUGCAACAUGCCGAGUAUCUGCUUAGAACCAGAGCGCCCCCUCAGGAUAACGACCUUUCUAAUGAAGUAAGUUAG